CCGCCCCUCCCCCUCAGUAGCGGCGGCGGCGCGAGGCGAGCGGGAGGAGGGAGCAUGGUGUUGCUCAAGGAGUUUCGGAUAGUCCUUCCAAUCUCGGUGGAUGAGUACCAGGUGGGGCAACUGUUUUCUGUAGCAGAGGCGAGUAAGAAUGAGACGGGCGGCGGCGAGGGAGUUGAAGUGUUACAAAAUGAACCGUACGAGAAAGAUGGCGAGAAAGGACAGUAUACGCACAAGAUCUACCAUCUACAGCGCAAGGUGCCGCGGUUUGUGCAGAUGUUGGCUCCUGAAGGAGCACUGAACGUACACGAGAAGGCCUGGAACGCAUAUCCAUACUGCAGAACUGUUAUCACGAACGAAUAUAUGAAGGAUGACUUUCUGCUCAAAAUUGAAACAUGGCACAAACCCGAUCUGGGCAACGCAGAAAACGUACACUGCCUGGAAUCCAACACGUGGAAAAAUGUUGAAGUCAUUCACAUAGACAUUGCAGACAGGGAGCAGAUCCAUAGUCGGGAUUACAAGCCAGAGGAAGACCCUGCUAUUGUCAAAUCCGUCAAGACAGGACGUGGUCCCCUGGACCCUAAUUGGAAGAAAAGCCUGCCGAGGAGGAGAGAUUGGCCUCACAUGUGCGCGUACAAGCUGGUGACCGUGAAGUUCAAGUGGUGGGGGCUUCAGAAUAAAGUGGAAAGCUUCAUCCAGAAGCAGGAGAGGCGACUGUUCACACUCUUCCACCGGCAGCUCUUCUGUUGGAUGGACCGGUGGAUUGAGCUGACCAUGGACGACAUCCGCCGAAUGGAGGAGCAAACCAAGAAGGAGCUGGACGAGAUGAUAUUGAAUGGCCCUGUGAGGGGACUGACGGCCACUGAUGACUAGCCCCGGACUCUUGUUUAUGCACUGUUAAGACCGCGUCGGAGGCUCUGACACUCCAGCCAGCGAGGGACGUCAUGCCUCGAAUAAACCCCCCCCUCUCCCCCUCCCCCCCCCCCCCCUCUUCAUUCACAGGAUGAUUUUUAACAAAUCUUCAGAUGUUUCUAGAAGAAAUUGAUUGUUGGGAGCAGAGAGAGGAAUUUAAAACAUGAGAAAGCACUAAAUUUUAUCCCAUGCAGAAUAUAUUGAGUGUUAGGGUUUGCUGUGCUGUACCUGUUAUUAUUGAUAUACUGUGUGUCUGAUGCAAACACUGACUGACUGUGGUUUAAAGGUGGUGACCAAUCUAAACUAUUCCAUCAAGUGGCCAUGAUAUGCUGUUCCGAUUCUUUCCCCGUCUCCAUUCAUGUGAAGUGAUCUAUUAACGUUGUUAAUUUAUUGAUGUCAUUAAUUUAUUUGGUUAUCUUAAGUGCAAUAAAAUGCUCCUGGGUUGUCCUCUCUGGAGCAUGCCUGCAUUCCAUAUUUUCCAAAAGCGCAGAUUAUAUCAGUUAGCGUUUUUUUGGUGGGGGGGGAGGGGGGGAAAUAUGGGAAGGAGGGGCAUGAAGAGGGGCCAUUGUAACUCCUUCGCCUCCCACCACCCUGCUCGGAGGGAGGGAAGGAUGGGAAUGUUGUUGGUCGAGGGUUGGGUUUGGUGAGAACUAUGGUCACUGGCUUUGACCUUUCCCCAGGCUCAGCCCCUGCUGCUGCUGAGGGGGUAGUUGGGCAUAUCAGAGGCAUUUGUCUUGUUUUGAGGACCUUUCCUUGUGCCGGGGAUACGAAUGUCUGUCCGCAUUACGUGAGGCCAGACCCACGGAGCUUACCUCAGGGCUGAGACUAACGUCCCUCCCUCCUUGUCCCCUGCACCGCCCUUGUUUACUUCAUUGAGUGCUUAAUUCAUACGGUCUGUCACAUUCUCUGCCUCUCCUAAUCAGUACCUUCCUCUGUCUAACUGUAACCAGGUUUGGUUUCUCAUUUCUUGAACAAAGCAUCACUUAUUUUUUUAAUUGUUUCACUCAUGCAAUAAAUAAAAAUAUCAAAUCGCACUAAA